GAAUUGGUAAGGAACAUCCAGUUCUAAAACAAAUCCCCUCUGCAAAACCGAACUUCAAAAUUCAAGUCCCCCGUUAAUAAAAUGUGCGAUUGCGAUGGCGAAAAAUACAACAUCUCAUACUGCGACCCGUGCUACCCGCAAUUCUGUUGCGUCCCGGUAACCACCUGUCCCAACGUCGAACGAAGGUGUCCCAUCAAACCCGUCCCGGUGCCCGUCGUUCCCGAGUCCGCCUGUCUGACGCCCCUGAUGAUCCCCUGGACCUGUUGCCAGCCCUGCCCCAUGGGCUACCUGCAAACGCCGCCGCCGAGGCCCUUCAAAUCGUGCACGCCCUGCGCCACCGUCAUACAACCGUGCCCGCCCUGUCCCCCUUGCAUGCCCUGCUGCGAUCCGCCGCCCACCUGCGGGCCCUGCCCGCCCUGCUCGAUGUGCCCGCCGAGGCCGUGUCCGCUGCCUCCUUGUGCUUGACUGAUGUGUAAAGUUUUG